GCUUGGUCGUCAUUCGAAGGGGAAAUUUCCCUCUGAAUCAUCUUUCAUUAACAGCAGCAUAGUUUAAGUCAGAAUUCUGGUUUGGGGACGCUCCCAGUUGCGGAACAUAAAUUUGGCGCAGUUGAAGAUGUAUUUCUUCCACAUUAUCACAGUAGGAAUAACUAUCCUGCAAUUCGUUUCAUUAAUUGUGGCCCAAAACUUGGAAUGUACAGUCGAACAGUACGAGUACGCCCCCAACAAAAGGGACCAGUUUUGCGUGUUCCGAUCGCUUGCAUGGAAAAAAGGUAAGCCCGAACCCGAGUUCACCGGCUCAAACGCAUCCAGGGUUGCCCUCGUUGACUGCGACCUCCCCAGCAUACCGGAUGGUUUCUUUGAUCAGUUUCCUCGGCUGGAAACACUAGUGGCGAGGAAUGGAACCCUGGAGACGCUUAAAAUAAAAAACCAUAUAAAGUUUGUGUACGCUGACAAGAAUCAGAUUACCAAGUUACUCAUCGAAAGUUCGGACACGAUGCUGAAAGAACUACACGUACAAGAGAAUCCACUCAUGGGCAUCAACACCAUUAUGCAUAGUUUGAAAGGAUUGGAAGUAAUGGAUUUGAGCAAAACUGCCAUUGCCGAAUACAACGAAGGAAUAAUCGAUUUAUCCCAGUUCGCUUCACUACCCAACUUGACCGAACUGUACGCGACGAACAUGCAUGCACACUACGUAGAGAAUAACAACCGUUUAACGUUGCCAAAACUGAAGCUGCUUGAUCUGUCGGGCAAUCCAAUCACACCGAGUAACUUCGAUUUGGAGGUGUUCCGUACGACUCCCAACCUGGAGGAACUGUAUCUGCGCGACACCAUAAUGUCCAAUCUGAUUGUUUCCGACAUUCGACAAGACCUACCGGCUCUGAAACGGCUCUAUCUCGAUGGGAAUAGCUUUCGAUGCGAUCUACUAGAAUUACUAUUGGCACACUUCAAAGAAAAGGACGUUGAAACGCCGACCCAAUCCAGAAAAUGCCAGCUCGGGUUCGAAAGCAUUCAAGGACUAUGCUGCUUAUCAUUCAUUAAAUACGUCCCGAGAAAUAACACCGAGGGAACCGUGACUCAGUCACCAACGGAUAGUGGAGCGACUACCACAACGAGCAUCCCAACUGAUACGACAAGAACAAAGGAACUUGACUCCCCCGAAUCAAACACCACCAACGAGAUUCUGCUGUACGUAGGCAUUGGCCUUGCGGUUUUGGUUGGUGUUGCGAUAAUCGCAUUUUUAGCGUUUAAGCUGACAAAGAAACAUCAGUUAGUACCUACGCAUGAUUCUACACCGCACGAUGAUCUGUAAUAACUGCUGCUUUCGUCAUCGCUUAAAGCAUAUUGUGCUACAGAAUUUUAUAACAUACAAUCUUACCUUAGUAAUGCAUGCAUAAAAUAUUCAUGUAUGCUCUAAGAGCGUGUGCUAAAAGAGUGCCUUCUAACAAUCAUGGCCGUUUUACCUCACUAAACUUUAGGAAAGUUCAAUCUGAAUUUUUGCUAUACCAUCACACAUUUUGACGCCCGGACUUUUCCAUACUUGAAAUCUUAAUAUACCACAAAAGUGUUGUAAAAGUGCAAAUAGUAAGUUGUUGCUGUAUUGGUUUAUUGGUUAAGACUCGACUGCAUUCGACUCUUUCUGUAAAUGAAAAUGUGUUUUUUGAAAUAACAUUAAUAUUUCAUAUUUCUGUAAUAUUAAUAUUUCUGUUUAGUUGUAUUUUUAUUCUGAAAUGUAUCUCGUGUGCUUGGAAGCACAAAAAAGUAAAAUUGUUAAAAACAAAUAAAACAUCUGGGAAAAUUUCAAUCUUACUUCGUGGUUGUCUGCGCGAAAUUGAUGCCAAAAUCGCAAGAAAAAGUAUCUAUUUAGAAACAGGUUUGAGAUUUUAUUUCUUAUGCUCUAUUAAAAAUUUGUACACUUAGUUAAUUAUUCUUUUUACUUCUUCGUGUGUCACGGAUUGUUGAACGAUGUUUAGAUUCAGUUCCAUGUUCAUAUGGCGUUAUCUUAAAAUAACAUCUAAAAUACAAGUAGCUAUUGUAUCGAUGUUCUUAGCAUUUAAAAAAUCAAUUA